AUGGAGUCUGAAAGGGUUAGGUGGCUUAGAAAAAACCAAUUGAAUCUAAGAGUUGAAAAGUAUCAGAAUUUGAUUGAAUCAAUUUAUAAUAAACAUGUUGUUCCAUACAAUCCCAAAUUGUUGAAGAAGUUUCAAGCUCACAUAAAUAUAGAGUGGUACAAUCAAAGUACAUCUAUCAAAUACUUAUUCAAAUAUAUUAACAAAGGCUAUGAUAGAAUUACUGUUGCCAUUGUUUCAAGUGAAGAUGGAAAUUCUGCUGAAGAACAGCGUAUUGAUGAAAUCAAAGAAGCCAAGUGUCACGGAAUCAAUUUUUACAACAUGGUUUGCAGCAAGCAACAAAUAUUCAAAGGCCAGAGAAUUAACAUACAACAAAUUUAUUUCGAAGUUUGUCCGCGCAUUUAUGACGAUAUCAAAAUUGUUAACAAUUUCAAAUACGACACAUUUCGUGAUGUGUGUUUUGCUAUGGGGUUUAUAGGAGAUGAUAAAGAAUUCAUUGCAGCAAUUACAGAGGCAAGCAAAUGGGGAUCAGAACUGAGUUUAUCUGAUGAAGAAAUUACCAAUUUAACAUUAAUUAAAAUUGAAAAACUUCUUCAAAAGAAUCGCAGAAGCUUAUCUAACUAUCUCAGAUUGCCUAAACCAAUUGGAUAUAUGAACAGAGGGAUGUGUUCAGAUCAAUCAUCAAUAUCGUGGAGAAUCAAAGAGGUGGUUUUUUUAUAUGGAUAUGGAGAGACCGGUAAGACAUAUAUGCGACAUACUUUAGCUUCGUAUACAAAUUUGCAAAAGCAUAUUUGCUUGACAGUUGCUUCGUUUGAAAUAGCAUUGAUAUCACUUCCAGGAGGUCGAACAACACAUUCAAUGUUUAAAAUUCCAAUACCAAUGUUGGAAUCAUCUACAUGUGGCAUAGAACAAAAAUGUGAUUGUGCUAAGCUUCUAAAUAUUUCCAAGUUAAUCAUUUGGGACGAAGCUUUAAUGGCUCACAAAUAUUGUUUUGAAGCAUUGGAUAAAACACUCAAAGAUAUUAUGUAUGGAUCAAAAUCUUCAAACAUAAUAUUUGGAGGAAAGAUUGUUGUCUUCGGUGGUGAUUUUCGACAAAUUCUUCCAAUUGUACCAAGGGAUAGUAGUUCUGAUAUAAUUCAUGUCGCUCUUAAUUCCUCAUACGUAUGGGAUCAUUUCAAGAUUCUAAGGCUUACUAAGAACAUGAGACUUCAACAACCCAACACGAAAUCAACUGAUUAUGAAUUGGAACAAUUUUCAAAUUGGAUAUUAAAAGUUGGAGAUGGAAAAUUGGUUGAACCUAAUGAUGGAUAUGUAGAAAUUUACAUAUCCAUUGAAUUCUUAAUCACUGAUUUUGAUGGUCCCAUCCAACCCAUAGUUCAACACACAUAUCCUAACUUUAAGCAAAACUACCAUAAUGAAGAUUUCUUGCAGUGUCGAGCAAUUUUAGCAAGAAUUAUUGACAUAGUCGAUGUUAUCAACCAAUAUGUUUCAGGUUUGAUAUCAUGUUUAAUAUCUUUACGGGCUUCAUACUUUUAUAGGGGUGAAACUGAAACUCCAAAUAUUAAGGGAGUUCUUCCUUGA